AUGCAGGAUAAUCCAGUCGACUGUACAUCUCGUGGUCUGUUCCCUUCAGCACUUGUUGACCAUCCCUUGUGGACCGGCCUCUCAUUUCUUAAGGGGUCACCUGAUAAAUGGCCAACAGCACCUACCCCUCGAGCGAACUGCGACAACAACUCGACGCAUCUUGAAGAAAGAAGGCCAAUUGUAUUAUUCGUCAGUGUUGACUCAUGCAAGGACGACGAGUGUCAACGUGGAGGAACUCUUUAUCUAUGGUAUUUAGUUGUAUCUGAUAGAAAAACAAAUGUAAAUACAUUUCGAAGCCUGCUGUCUCCCGAUUUGUUAUUGAGUAAUCCGGAAUUUUCACCAUCUCUCAAAACGACAAAAAUCAUUAAUCAACAUAACUCGCAUAAAACUCAUUCAAAAAUUGAAUCGCCAAGCAAAAACAAUCAUAAGAUCAAAUCUCCAAUAAAGAUGAUAACCCCACAAUUGUUGGCUAAAACUCAUAACCCAACAUUUUCAUUGCCUACAAGAAAAAAUAUUCAAAACAAAUCUCCAAUGAUAAGAUUUUCUCAAAGUUACAAUGAUCAUUAUUUAGUUGUUGAAUCUGAAGUCAGUCCGAAUGUCCGAAGCCUGUCUCCUGAUUUGUUGUUGCGUAGUCCAGGAUUUUCACCAUCUCCCAGGACAACAAACACCAUCAAUAAAAUCAAAAAAAGCCCUUUUAAGACACCUUCUAAAAAAAUUGAAUCUGCGAGAAAACAAUUGUUUGUCAAUUCUGCAACUCGUGAAUUGCCGAAAACAGCCACAAAUAUUCAACAUCAUUAUUGUUCUCCUCACAAAAGUGUCUAUUAUAAGUCGUACGAAUCUUUAGAUAAUAAUUUUAAAAAAAGGAAGCCCUGUAAAACUAUAAAGUCAAAAAAGUAUUUAUCAGAUGAACAAUUCAAAGAUUUCAUGCAACAUAACAUAAUACUUCUAAAACAUUAUAUGAGAAACCUGGACAAAAAACUGACCAUGUUACUUGAACAGACUAAAAAAAAUGAUUCCUACAUCAACGAUAGUAACGAUAAGGAAACUAUUGAUUAUUCACAUCUUGACUGCUUCUUUCCAAUCUGUGAUGAAACUACACUAAAUUCUAUUGAAGAACUAUCUGUGGACAAAAUAUACAAUACUGAAAUGAAAAAGAAGCUGAUAGGACUCGGUGGAAAAUUGGUAAAGAUUUUUGUCAAACGAAUUAUGCAAUUUCUAUUUACGGACAGCCUUUUAAAGUUGUACUCUUUCCAUGGCAGAGGAAAUAAAAAUAAAUGUUUUUCCAAUCUUGCAAUAUCGAAUGUCAUAUUUAGGAAGUUUCAUGAAUAUAUUUUUAUAAAAACUGGUCGUCAAUAA